CAAGGAAAAACGUCCGCUCAACGUGUUCCUUUAUCACCCUCACAAAAGAUCUUUCCUUUCCGCCCCUGCAACCACUCCACUCCACUUUCACUUCAUUAUUAACACAAACUCCCUUUUCUUUCCAGUUCCUUCCAUUUCAAUGUGCGCUAUUAAAUCGGAAACGCCGCCGCCCUCGGAAAGCACUGCGCCUUCUCCGCCUCCACUGCCGUGGUCCUAUGCGGUGGAAGAAGAGCCGCCGGAAGCUGACAUUGACAAGGAUGUGCUCUGUCCGAUAUGCAUGCAGAUCAUCAAAGACGCUUUUAUGGCGGCUUGUGGUCAUAGCUUUUGUUAUACGUGCAUUACGAUUCAUCUUCGGAACAAGAGUGAUUGCCCUUGCUGUUUCCGUUAUCUCACUAAUAACCAUAUCUUCCCUAAUUUCUUGCUUAAUAAGUUAUUGAAGAAGAUCUCUGCUCGUCAAUCAGCAAGGAAUGCCUCUCCAGUAGAACAUUUUCGUCAAACAAUACUGCAGGGAUGUGAGGUGUCAGCUAAGGAGCUUGACAGUUUGUUGUCUUUACUUGUUGACAAGAAGAGAACAAUGGAGCAAAAUGAAGCAGAGACGAACAUGCAGAUUCUACUUGAUUUCUUGAACUGCCUAAGGAAGAAAAAACUUGAAGAGCUUAAUCAGGUUAAAACAGAUCUCCAAUAUAUUAAGGAGGACACAGCUUCUGUAAAGAAACGUAUCAUGGAAUUGUAUAUGGCAAAAGAGAGACGCUCCAUGAAUAUAAGGAUGCUUAUUGAUGAUUCCUUGGCGGCAAAAACCUUGCCUUUAUCGAUUGAUCAACAUAACAACGGCACUAUAUCUGGUGGUUGCAAGUCACAAGGCUGGUUAGGUUCAGCCAGUCCUCAGAGGACAGUUGGUUUGAAAGAUCAAACAAGUUCAUGGGGAUUCAGAAGUAAGGAUGCUAAUGAUGGGUUAGAUUCUUCUUACGAUACUAAUUCAGGAUUGGCCGUAGCAAGAAAGAGGCGGAUUCAUGCACAGUUUAAUGACCUACAAGAGUGCUACUUACAAAAGCGGCAACGAAGGACGAAACAAUUUAAUAAACAGGAAGAUAAAGGCCCAAAUGUAAUGGAAAUAGAUGGUUAUAAUCCUGGUCUUGUGGAUUUUCAAUCAGUGCUAAGUAGUUUUACACGUUACAGCCGAUUGAGGGUAAUUGCUGAACUUAGGCAUGGGGAUAUUUUCCACUCUGCCAACAUUGUCUCAAGUAUAGAAUUUGAUCGUGAUGAUGAAAUGUUUGCUAUUGCUGGAGUGUCAAGGCGCAUCAAGGUUUUUGAGUUAUCUUCGAUUGUGAAUGAACCUGCAGAUGUGCAUUGUCCGAUUGUCGAAAUGUCCACAAGAUCUAAGCUUAGUUGCUUGAGUUGGAAUAAGUACACAAAAAACCAUAUUGCUAGCUGUGAUUAUGAUGGGAUAAUAACUGUAUGGGACAUCACUAAUCGGCAGAGCUUGAUGGAAUAUGAGGAACAUGAAAAACGAGCAUGGAGUAUUGAUUUUUGUCCCGCUGAACCUUCAAUGCUUGUCUCUGGUAGCGAUGACUGCAAGGUAAAAGUUUGGUGCAUGAAACAAGAAGCCAGUGUUCUCGGCAUCAACUUGAAUGCGAACGUUUGCUCUGUCAAAUACAAUCCUGGAUCCAGUGUUCAUGUUGCAGUCGGUACUGCUGAUCAUCAAAUUCGCUAUUAUGACUUGAGAAACACCAGCAAACCGCUGUAUGAGUUUGGUGGGCAUAAGAAAGCCGUUUCAUAUGUGAAAUUUUUGUCUAACCGUGAACUGGCUUCUGCAUCCACUGACAGCACACUAUGCUUAUGGGAUGUAAAAGAAAAUUCAUUACUGCGCACGUUUAGGGGUCACAAAAAUGAGAGGAACUUUGUCGGCCUCACAGCAUACAGCGAUUACAUCGCUUGUGGCAGCGAAACGAAUGAAGUGUUUGUAUAUCACAAGGCUAUAUCUAAACCUGCAGCUCGGUAUAGUUUUGGCUCCGACAUGGCUGAUGCCGAUGAAGAAGCUGGAUCAUACUUUAUCAGUGCUGUAUGUUGGAAGAGUGAUAGCCAGACAAUGCUAGCGGCAAACAGUCGGGGAACGAUUAAAGUGCUUGUGCUUGCGGCCUGAAUGAAAAUCGUUUACCUCUUUCUGGUUUCUUCAGGCGGGAAAAAGAAAUGGCUUUCUCCCAAAGCCAUGUGGCAAUAUUAGAGGUGG